CCUCAUCCGUUGUCACUCCGUUGCUGCGCAGCCCCUGCAGAGUAGAGCCGAGCUCAAGCGAGUCGGCGAUCCGACACCGGCUGCAAGGAGUUCCCAUGAUGCAACACGCACCGGAAGUAGGAACCCAGACACGGAAGCAUGCGAAGAGUGAGCAGGCGGUGCUGUGAGGAUGGCCCACUGCUGGAGGAGCAGGAGACGGAGGGACAACGGCAGCUGCAUGGCCUCCUCCUGAGGCAGCUCCAUACUGACGUCGACAUCGACAGAUGUGUGGCCAAAAAGCGAUGCUUCACCCCGGCGGCGAUUUAUAAGCCUUUCGGGCAGCAGGCCGCCGGUGUCAGGAGCCUCUCCCAAUUCCAGGCCUUGCAGGACGGAGAGCAGGAGCUGGCCAGCUUGCGGGAGCUGGGUCUCACAGAAGCUGAGAUCCAACUGUGGCAGAGCAGAGAUGAUCCGGAGAUACCUGAGAAUUGUCAUGGCGUGUGUGCGGCUCCCGGCGUCAAGCAAGAGCGCCUCCAAGUGAUCCGAGACAAGAUCGCAGUCAGAGCAGAAAUCCUGGCCCGCCCACAACGCUUUGCCACUAGCCAGGCGCUGUCACGCCGCGAGAUGGAGAUCGAACAGGCGCUUUUCCAGGGAAACGAUCGCCUGGGUUUCCUUGCCGCGCUUUACCACCACGAUGAAAAUAACCAAGAUGGUCAGCAGGGGGCGACAUCCUCAGAUCCAAUGGAAACUCUCUACAGAGAUCUCUUGACUAAGGAGAAGCAGCAAGCGUCACUCCAGGAGCCUCGAACGUCACAUAUUCCUAAACGUGAUCCCACAUCUGUGCAGUCAAACGACUUGUCGGGAGACCAGUCGGAGGAUGCUUCCCAAAAUGAGCUACAAGAGGAAAAGAGAAACAGAUCAGAACAGUCAAAGCAUCAAGGAUCUCCUGCGGUGGAGAUCAACAUAAGCCAGCCAAUAGGUAGUCUGUGUGUAGCGGUGAGGACGGGGUCAUGUGGCCCACUGACAGUCAAAGGGGAGGUCGCGGCCGUGACGGAAGAAGAAAUCCUGGAGAACCGGGAAACUGAGGAGGACAUCCGCAGGAUCCCGAGGUUCAGGAACUACCAACCUGGAAAUCCCUCCAAAGUUUUAUGCGUGAGGAACCUGAGCGCACAGGCAUCAGUGGCCCAGCUGGUGGCGCUGUUCUCCAGGUUCGAGUGUGCUAGUGGGCCCCCCGUGCUGUACCGACUUCUAACGGGACGCAUGAAAGGGCAGGCCUUCAUCUCCCUGCCAGACACUGAAACGGCCCAGAAAGCUUUGGAGCUGGUCCAUGGAUACCGGUUGCUAGGGAAACCUUUGGUGGUCGAAUUUGGCCGUGAGCGACAGGAAGCUGAAGAAAAGGAAGAGAGGAAAAAAUAAAAAUAGCACAGGGGGCCAAAACGCUUAGUCCCCAUCUGGAUAACUCUGCAUCUUAUUUAUUAUUCAUCUAGAAAUACUGUAUAUUUCUGCAUAUUGAAAGUAUUAAAAACCUUCUUAAAACCUUGUUGUCUUUUUAACCAACACAUUUGGUGAAUGCUGUACACUCCUAUGCAUCAUCAGCGCAGAUCAUCCUCACACGCAGAUGAUUGUUUCAACAUGACAGGACAUACCCCAAUAAACCAGGCUCAAAAAAUAGUAUUUCAUAGGGUCGAUUUUGAUAAAAUGUCACAUUAGCACUGACGAAUAGAUAACUAAGCAGCCUACAUACCUUUUUUCCCAGUUCCCCACGCUCGGAGCGCCAGGUUUGGAACAUACCAAUAUAAUGUGCCAGUCAGCUGUGGUUGUGUUUUCUCCUUGUGACAGCUGGCGAAUGUGUUUUUAUGUGGACAGAUAUUUUUUUGAAAAAUUCACUCAUGUGAAUGGGCUUGUUUUGUUGUUUUUUUUUACACCGGAGUGUUCAUGUUUAUGUCCGUUCAUUCCGGCUUGAAUCA